AUGUUCAUCCGUGAUGAAGUUACUAAUGUAUUUGCCUCAGCUUGUAUGCCACUUAGAAAGUGGAAAUCGAACGAAUCUAAAUUAAUAUCUGGAUCCUUUCAGUCGCCAUUAGAUUUAAGCAUGGGAUCGGUUGAGCCUAAUAAACUAUUAGGACUUGACUGGUUCACUAAUUCUGAUGAACUAGGUUUUUUAAUAGGUUCUAAGAUACUUGAAGGCAACACUAAACGUGAUUUGUUUUCAGCGAUUGCGCGCAUUUUUGACCCUUUAGGUCUAUUAUCUCCUUUUGUUGUUUCUAUGAAAAUGAUGUUGCAAAAAAUGUGGUUAGAUAAACUUUCAUGGGAUGAACCUUUAACUCAAGAAUAUAUUACAAGCUGGGAUGCUCUUGUCAAAGCUUUGCCUCUUUUGAAUCAAUUUAGAAUUCCCCGACUUGUUAUAAAAGAUUCAUUUAAGGCGUUAGAAUUACAUAUAUUCACGUAUGCAUCUGAGGGAGCGUAUGGUGCGUGCGCUUACGUCCGUUCUAUCGAUGGUAACAGAGCUCGAAUUUAUGAAAAGAUCAUAAACUCACUUCGGGUAAACUUCGACAGAGUUUAUUGUUGGACUGACUCGACUAUCGUAUUGGGAUGGUUACAGAUGUUGCCUUCUAAGCUUCAACCAUUUGUACGCAAUCGCGUUGCUGAAGUUUUAGACAAGGCGGGAAGUUGUAACUGGCAGCACGUCCCAACUGAUAAAAACCCAGCAGAUCUAAUAUCUCGUGGCGUGGAUAUUAGUACCUUGCAAGGUUCAGAUUUAUGGUGGCAUGGUCCUGAUUUUUUGAAUAAAGAUCCGUUCAACUAUCCUUCUAAACUUAAAUUUUUAAAUUUCGACACAUUGCCCGGAACUCGAGCUCAUGUUGCGUUAAGUAUUAAAACUGAAAAUAUACAUUCAAAAGACAGUACUUUCAUAAAUUUCAAAUUUCAAAUUAUUUACGACUUAUUCGUUGCG